ACACAUUCGGGCCUUUUCUGACCCAGAAAGGGGCCUGGGUGUCUGGCGGGAAGGCAGGCAGCCAGUAGUGUGGAAGGGAUUUUUUUUUUUUUAAUGGAACUUGGAUGGAGAUCACUGUAGAUUCACACGCAGUCGUACCAGAUCACAGAGAGAAAGUCCCUGCAUCACCUACCGAACACAGAUUCCUGCAGUUUUACUUGUGUGUGUAUAUUAGGAUCUUUGCAAGUUUAUCCCCUGUGCAGACACGUGAACCCCACACACACAGUCUAGAUCUCCAGCACUUCACACAGCACGAGGACCCGGUGUCCACCUGUCCACCCAGACCCCUCCCCAGGCCACCGCCCGCCUGCAACCACAAGCCUCUCGUCCAUCUCCACGACCCUGUGGUCUCAGGGAUGUUCUCUACAUGGAACCGCACAGCAUGUGGCUCUGAGGACUGGCCUUCUCACUCCACGCGAUCCCCUGGAGGGCCAUCCGAGACGUGCACGUCCACGGUCCGUUCCUGUUUAUUUCCGAAAGGGAAAUUUUUUGAGAACCUGAACUCUGCCUUUACUUUUCUGCAGCUGCCCCUCUGGGAAACAGACAGAGGUACAAUGUAUGAUGACAGAAGCACAUGGUGCUACUGAAAGACCUGCGUAAAAGCCAGCCCAGUCGGGCGGCUCCCCGGGACUCCUGAACUUGGGCUCUGCGCCCCACCAUCCCGAACGAACACUGCAUGGACCCACUGGGAGCGUCUUCAACCCGGGCCACGCGCACACUGGGGCCAGCUCUCUGGACGACAGGGGCCCAGAGCUGAUGGCAGACAAUGUCAGCCACUAACAACAUAGCCCAGGCUCGGAAGCUGGUGGAACAGCUCCGCAUCGAAGCUGGGAUUGAGCGCAUCAAGGUCUCCAAAGCCUCCUCCGAACUCAUGAGCUAUUGUGAGCAGCACGCCCGGAACGACCCCCUGCUGGUGGGAGUCCCCGCCUCGGAGAACCCCUUUAAGGACAAGAAGCCUUGUAUUAUCCUAUAGCUCUAUCUUCCCUCAGCUCCUCCCUGACCCCCGCCCCCCCCCCACCCCAGCCAAGGCAUCAUUCAGUACACAGUCAAGCAAAACUCUUCAUUCCAAAAGAAAUGCAAAAAGUUGCCGUCACCCAGGUCGGGUAAAAUGUAUCCUCUGGGUUCAGAUGGAUUUUCAGACCCAACAUCGCAGCCCUGUCGGGGGCCGGGCUCCACCACCACUUCUCAUGGGAAAUAGCUGAAAUGCCCAAGCAACGCGGUAAAGAUUUUUGAAAACGGCGUUGCCAUUUAAGUCAUGGUCUAGAGCCGAGCUGGGCGGGGAGACAGGAAGGAGGUGAGUGAAUUAGCCGCUGGCGUGGCUGACCCGGCCGGGUGGCGAGUCUCACACAGUUGGCCAUUUGUGAGGACUUCAGCCAGGUUGAUGAUGUGAUGCCUUUGGCCAGGGUGUGUGAAGUGGACAAAAAUUGGGUGGAGUUGGGAGGAGGGACAUAACGAACUUUUUUCAGAAAUCUUUCUCCUUUUCAUUUAAAACCUUGUAAUUCCGUACCGCUAAAAUCGGGUGUCAUUGGCUGAACUUGUAGCUAAGCUGGGUUGUGUGACUUGGAUUUCAGGGGCCGGGAGGGGGGCUUUGCCUGUGAAACGCACCCCUGUCACCCAGGGUCACCCAACUGUGUGGCUUUUGUGUGGCAUGUGUCAUCCGACAGCCAUGCUGAGGCCCCCUCCCUUUCCUGGGGACCCCACCCAUCCCAGAAACGGAUUUUCAGCCCAUGGCUCUGGUCACUGCAACGGCCAGCUGUGUUUUCUUUAGUUUUAAGCACGAGACAUCAGCGUGGGCAGUUAGAGGCUAUGGUCAUAUUUGGCUCUUCCGUGUUUUGUUCUGUUUUUUUUCCA